AUUCCAAAACGUCAUGUGACUAAUAAAAAUUUCUACGUCAUUAAGUAAUUAGACGAUAACAGUGUGAGAUUCGAUCUCGACGGAGCUAGUCGCCGCGCGACAGCACACAUGAGAAUUAAAUCGCUACUAACUCUAAUUUCUUUAAUAAGUCCGAUCAAAUGUGAAAUGGAACCUUUCGUAGUUGGUGGAAAGCGUGCUAAAAUAAAAGAUUUUCCUCAUUCCGGGUUUUUAAAAGUACGUUGUAAAGAAAUUUCAAGUGGUGAAAUUAGUCCGUGGGUUUGCGGAUCCUCCAUUCUGAAUACGAAAAUUGUAUUGACAGCUGCUCACUGUUUGUGGGGUUGUGCAACCAACAGCAACAUCACCAUAACUGUGGGGCACUCCCAUAACCAUCGAGGCAAGUCACACACUGGACACAGUUUCGUCGUACACGGCGGUUACGUGGACACUGAGUUUUACUACGACAUAGCUUUGGCGCGAAUCAAUGCAGAGUUUGUAUUCGGACCUACGAUUAAAAGAGUUGCCUUGUUGAAGAAGCCACCUUAUUUUGAGAAGGCGCAAGUCGCUGGCUGGGGAUUGACUGAUGAAAUUAUGGAGAUAUCAUCAAACAUACUCUACUAUAUAAAUCAGACCGUAUGGAAAAAGGAAGAUUGUGAAGAUGUAAUCGGAGCAAUACCCAAAGGGACAAUUUGUGCAAGUAGCAAGCGCAUUGAUUCCUACGUUGCUAUGUAA